AUGAGUGAUAGCGAGAAUGAAGUUCUGGCUAACUAUAAAAGGAAAGGAGUGAAAGCAUCAACCCAAGAAGCUACCAACAUGCCAGCUAGGCCAGCUCCAGAUGCUGUAGCCACUCAGGCAGAUCUUGCCAGGGUAUGCCGAGUGGUGGCACAGCUUCUUCAGCAGCAGCAGCAGACGCAGCUCUCCUACCGACCUGUGUCAUCUACCGAUACCUAUUAUGAGAAAUUUCGGAGGCUGCACCCUCCAAUGUUUGAGGGAGGUGCUGAUUACUUGGCUGCGGAGGCCUGGAUUCGGGAGAUAGAGGAGAUGUAUGAUGCCCUACAAUUUUUCGAGGAGGUCAAGGUCAAAUUGGCGGUUCCUAUGCUCAGAGGAAACGCUAAGUUCUGGUGGAUAGCUAUGAAGGCUGUAGUCCAAGGAAAUGGUGAACAACUGACAUGGGAGGAAUUUAAAGGUAAAUUCUACAACCAAUACUUUCCUCAGUCAGUGAGAUUGGUGAAGCAGAACGAAUUCUUGGCCCUGAAACAGACCGAGAAUAUGAUAGUAUUGGAAUAUGCCAGCAAGUUUAAUGAGUUGGGCAGGUUUUGUCCUCAGUUUAUGGAGGAGGAGAUAAGUAAAGCUAAUAGGUUUGAACAAGGCCUGAGAUAUGGGAUCAGGUCAAGAUUGGCUGUUCUGCUUUUCACUAGUUACCAGGAUGUGUUGGAAAGGGCUUUGAAAUUAGAAGCUGAAUUGAACAGGGCAGAAAAGGAAAGAGAUGAGCUGAAAAGGUCUAGGGCAACCGGGGAUCAGAAUGCAAGGCCAAGAAAUUCUGGAGAAAAUGCAAACAAGAAGAAGAAAUUCGGGGUCUGCAAGUUCUGUAACAAGUCACAUGGAGGACCUUGCUUUAAGAAGAUGGGAGCUUGUUUUAACUGUGGUCAGGUUGGGCAUAUUGCACGUGUUUGUCAGCAGAAGAAGAAUGACCUCAGGCCUACUGGAUCAGGGGAUCAGAAGCAGAAGGGGACUGCUCGGGUUUUUGCACUGACUCAGCAGGAUGUUAGUGCAAGUGACAGUGUGGUGACAGGUACUAUUCCCAUCAACUCAGUUGAUGCAUCUAUAUUAUUUGAUUCUGGCUCUACACAUUCUUUUGUAUCUGUCAAAUUCUCUAGCUCCUUACACUGCCUAUCUGAGAAAUUAGUGGAGCCAUUAUAUGUUGCUACACCCCUACAAAAAAUAGUAAUUGUUGACAUUAUCUUCAAGAAUUGCAUAAUUCAGUUAGGAGAAAGUGAGUUAGUGACAUACUUAAUACAGCUAGACAUGCAAGAUUUUGAUAUCAUCUUGGGAAUGGAUUGGCUGUCCCAGUACCAUGCACAUAUAGACUGCUUCAGAAAAAGAGUAGUAUUCCGGAUACCAGGGGAGCUGGAAUUUUUCUUUCAAGGCGAUGUACCCAUGCAAUGUAAGUCUUCUUGA